CUUGUUUCAGAUAACUGUCGUAUACUGGCGUUCCCACCACCUUUCUUCUUCAUUAACAAGCGUUUCGUGAACCACACUAUAGGAACUAAAAUUGUUGUUGAUAUUGAGACCUGCAAGCUGCAGUGUUACUACGAACACAACUGCGUGAGUGUCAACUAUCACGGGAACACAAAAACAUGUGAGCUCAACAACGCCACUCACCGAUGGCAUGAUAACGAGUUCAAAAAUGAGGAUAAUUACCUCUAUCACGGAGCAGAUGUAAGAUUUUUCUUAAUUUUUAUCAUUGCCAAUCCUCUUCCUCACAUUUCUGUUCUUUUUCUCGAAUUUGUCUUGCUCUUUAGUUCUUCUCGUUCCCUUUUUUUAUCGUGUUUGUGUUCGUGUUUUUGUUCGUGUUCUUUUUCACGUUUGUGUUCCUGUUCCUCUUCGUGUCUGUGUUUGUGUCUGUGUUCUUGUUUGCAUGUUCGAGCUUGCGUUCAAGCUUCUUGUUGUUCUUCUUCUUUUGCAACAACUCUUAAUCUAUUUCUAAUUUCUUUUAGCUACCAUUUUCUAGUAACCAAUUUUAUUUGAACUCGUAUUUGUUCUACGAUAUCUACCUAAUCAACCAACAAAACAUUUUUGUUAAGAGUGCCUGCGAUGAGAUCUACUGCUAUAAUGGCGGAACCUGUCAGUCCGGAUUUACCGCGAAGCGAUAUCGAUGUUUGUGUCCUUCUGGUUUUAAAGGAAAACGCUGCCAAAAAGGUAGGAAGUCGACAAUACACCAGGUGUGUUUUUAUUUUUAUUACCGUAUUCUCUAAGUUUAUACUAAAUUGAGAAAAAAAAAACAAAUUUCAGCCUUCAGAUGGUAGAAAAAUAUAUAUUUAUAUUGAUUUUUGCAGAUAUAAACGAGUGUAAAACAGAAGAGCAUAAUUGUGUUGCAGAUCAUAUGUAUUGUAACAACACCAAAGGAUCCUUUGCUUGUCUUUGCAAGCCAGGAUAUACCAGAGAAGGUCUAACUUGCACAGGUAACAAAAUAAAAAUGUUUAGAUAUCAAGAAUCAAACGAAUACCAGUCAAAGUUUCAUUUGCAGUCAUAAACGAGUGCUAAAGAGGAAAGCAUAAUUGUGACGCAGAUCAUGCGGCAUACGGCAACACCAAAGGUUCCAGUUUCUUCCUUUUGGAAGCCACCACUGGGUUUACUGGAAGGUCUCAGUUGCACAGAUAACAAACCUUAUUAUAGAAAUCAACCUACGAGUAGCUUUAUAGCUGAUGGAGCGACCACCAAAUCAAGGGAUGUAUAUAAUUAUUACCAAGAACGACCCUCAGUAACAUUAAUUUAAAGUCGGUAUAUAUGUGAAGCUGCUCGGGCAUUGGCGGUCGGCUGACACUUCUUUAUUACAGCAACGAGCUUUGCUGGGUGUUUGUUCACUGAGUUGACUUCAUCACGGGAACAAGAGCUACAAUCCCUCCUUCGCAUUUUCAUCUUAAGUCUUCUGUUUUCAACAUUGUAGUGAAUUUAUUAUACCGAGAGAAGAGAAACUUAACUCCGAAGAAGUUCUUUUGCGACGGUUUUUUUGUGUUUCGAGAUGUAAAAAUGGCCUGUCGUUGAAAAUGUCCCAAAAAUCUACUCACGCUUAUUCAAAAUUACAAUAUACAACAUAAAGGAAAAAAAACAGAGCUAGCUUACCAUGUUACAUUAACUCCAUUACAUUGAAGAAGUGCGUAGUGCCUAAAGGAGCAUUAAGGUUUCGAGUUUGCCUCUACCACAAUGCAGUUAUUUAAGUGGGAGGCCGUCUCACUGGUGCGGAGCUAUGUAUAAAAUAAACUUGAUAAAAUGUACAAAAAUUGCUUAGUCUUCAAUCUUUCUCCGUGUCCUUCCAUCGACCUCCUCCAUGGCAGUGAAACACUUAGUGUUCAGUUAAGUGAUCGUUCUUGAGGUUGUAACUGCAAGAAUUUACGCCACUCACUAUCAUUUUUAGAUAUUGAUGAAUGCAUCCGAGGAUCACACGACUGCCUUCAUAGCCUCGCAUCUUGCUCAAAUACUCAUGGCUCCUACAGUUGCGCUUGCGACAAUGGAUAUGUGGGCGACGGGAAGACAUUUUGCAAGGAUAAAGGUAGGAUCACUGGUACUUAAAGUGGAAGGGUGAUGCGGGACCAUAGUUAACUGACAGCGCGCCCUGCAUAACGGUUGCUAACAAACUGGGGUCCUCAAAAAGAGGAUGAGGCAGGUUUUUUUCGAUGGCAGGUUCACCCUUCUAGCAAGGCCAACUUUUAUCCAUAUAUACACAUUCACUCGCCCACAACGGGUCAAACUCGGUCAAGAUGAGACAAUCAGAGCAUGCGCGAGCGCUGUUGUCAGGGCUCGUUCGAAAGGGUCAAGACAACUUUUUUCUGCGGUUAUCCUAUUUGCCGGGACAACUUUUCCCGAAAUAUACAGGGCUAAGAUGUAAUAACGGAUUUUGUUCUCAAGCACGGUUUACAAUCUUUGAAUAUAUAUCCAGAUAUAAUAUUGAUCAGUGCGUCAACAAUUCGGUCUUUUUUAAAAACUUGGUAAAGACAAGUGGUAUUUUAAAUAGGUGCUUAGUGAAAGAAAAAAAGAAAAGAGACACUAAAGCUGUGAUUUAAGAUUCAUGUAUCAUAGGACCAUAUAUACGACCUUAAUGCGAACCGGCCCGUGCCUGUGUAUAUCCAAGAUUAAAAUUGUUUUAAUUGAUAUUACUUGCAUGCAUACACCAGACGGUGAAUAAUAAUCACUAUCGGCUAAACUGACAAAUUUGUUUUUCACAUAUGGUCGAAGUAGUAUCGUAAUGACAUUUUUCUCCUUUAGAAUUCGAUGCAACAUUCACAUGUGACAACUCGAUGGAAAUGCUUGCUGAUAAUACAAGCCUCGGAGACGACAACCGCGUCUGGCAAAUACCUUUCACCUACAAAGUACCAGGAGACACACGGGUUAUUUCCGUGAUUGGAAGGAACAACCCCGAUGGCAGUCCGUAUGGAAUACUCGGCUCAACUAGUAAUGGACUGCUAACUAAUGAAACCUGGAAAUGCAGCAGCAAUUUUUAUCCCGGAUGGAAUUCCCCUGAUUUUGAUGACCACGACUGGCCUUUGGCAAAAGUGGUUGCAAACCAUGGGGACAAACCCUGGGGAAAAAGACAUGGCAUUGCAGAGACGGCUAAGUGGAUAUGGGCCAAUAAUUACGAACACACUGUUUAUUGUAGGCUGAAACUACAGUAA